AUGACAUUACGGUUUGAGGCUUCCUGUCCAGAUGGACUGUGUCCAGGAUGGAGUGUCAUCCUGAAAGGAGAGACCCCCUCAGAGGCCAACAAGUUUGAGAUCAAUUUCCUCUGCGACCGGGACGACAAAGUAGCCUUCCAUUUCAACCCCCGCUUCUCCGAGUCAGACAUCGUCUGUAACUCCUUCAUGGCAAAUCACUGGGGGAAGGAAGAGAGGUGCACCAACUUCCCCUUUGGCACCGAUGAGCCUUUCCAGAUUGAAAUUUACUCCGACAAUGACAACUUCCAUGUUUACAUUGACGACACAAAGAUCAUGCAGUAUAAGCACCGCGUGGAAGAUCUGAAGACCAUCACUAAAGUCCAGGUGGUGAACGACGUCAACAUUUCCUCUUUGGAGAUCUCCAAGAAACAUUUUUUCUAA